CGGGGAGGUGUCACCUACUAGCAGCAGUGCCAGCGGUGCGAGCAGCGGCAGCAGCAGCAGCAGCAGCCCCGAUCCCACCUGCCCGUGACAGAGGCUGGAGCUGCGACCGUCGCGGAGCGGCGUUUGGUGCCCGCGCUCCGGAGCCCCCGCGCCGCGGCCGUGCGGUGCCGCGUCCCGCUCGCCGAUGAGCGCCGCCGCUCUCUACAGCCUGGACUCCCCGGCAUGUUAUAAGAGCUGGUGCCUGGAGCCCGCCAACUUCUACGACGCCAAGGUGGGCAGCGGCGGCGGGCCGGGUCCCGCCUGCAAGCCGGGGGCCCGUGGCGGCUGCGGAAUGAGCGGCGAGGAGGCGGGGGGCGGCGUGGGGGGCAGCGGCACCAACCUGGCGGAGCUGAGCGCCGCCGCCCCGGCCAUGUACGAGGACGAGAGCGCCAUCGACUUUAGCUCCUACAUUGACUCCAUGUCUGCCGUGCCCAACCUGGAGCUCUGCAACGACGAGCUCUUCGCCGACCUCUUCAACAGCAACCACAAGCCCGAGCGGGGCGGGGAAUACGGCGAGUACUUGCCACCGGGCGGCGGCGCCGGCCGCGACCCCGCCAAGGACCUCGGCGCUGCCAUGACCACCCUGCUGGGCUCCGAGCCCCGCACCGCCUCCUCCUCCUCCUCCUCCUCUUCCUCCUCCUCUUUCUCCUCCCGCGGCGCUCUGAAGCAGGAGCCGGACUGGAGCGACAGCGACCUCUCCUCCUCGCUGCUGCCCUCGCAAAUCGCCACCUGCGCCCAGACCAUCAUGAACCUGAGCGGGCAGCCCACGCCGCCCACGUCCCCCGAGCCGCCGGGCAGCAGCUCCCCCUCCAGCUGCAGCACCCGCUCGCCGGGCCCCGCCGCUGUCGCCGUGCCCGGGCCGGCGCAGGGCGUCCCGCCGCCCGCCGCCGCCGGGGGCAAGGAGCGGGGCGGCAAGAAGUGCGUGGACAGGUUUAGCCCCGAGUACCGGCAGCGCCGGGAGCGCAACAACAUCGCCGUGCGCAAGAGCCGCGACAAGGCGAAGCGACGCAACCAGGAGAUGCAGCAAAAGCUGCUGGAGCUUUCGGCCGAGAACGAGAAGCUGCACAAGAAGAUCGAGCAGCUCACCCGGGACUUGACCAGCCUCCGGCACUUCUUCAAGCAGCUGCCCAGCGCCUCCUUCCUUCAGCCCGGCUCGGGCACCGACUGCCGGUAACCGGGGGGGGAGCGGGACGGAGAGACGGACUCCGGGAGACGGUGGAUAAAUACCUCAGAGGGCCGUGCCGAGCCUUGCCGGGCCGUGCCGCGGCGCCCCGGGCCGGGCCGGGCGCGGCAGGAGGCGCGGAGCCGCGGCGGGACCUGCCGGCCCGCGGCCGAGCUCGGAAUGUGGCAGCGACGUGGAGCGAUGCCUGGGUCUUUCACCACGAAACUUGCGAAAAAGGGAAAAAAAGCUAAAUAUAUUAUUUUUUUUUUUCUUCUCUCCCCUUAAAUUAUUUUUGUAAUGGUAGUUUUCGUCUUUUCUACAUUUUACUCAUACCGAUGCAGCUAUGGUACAUCUGUUAAAAUGAUUCAAAAUCCCAUGUAUUUUAGACAGUAGGAUGGAAAAAAAAAAGACUGAGCAUGCUCAACCUUUUAUAUCAAUUUUUACAGCAUUUCUAAGAAUAAAGAAAAGCAUUUUAAAUCAA